AUGCCUUCCGCGACCCCAGCACCCAAUGGCGACGGCGACGCCAACGCCAACGGUGCUGGUGAUCAGUACCGGCCAAACCUCAACCAGCUGACUCCCGGAGAAUUCAUGCGUCCUUCGGUGCGCACGCGGGCAACCUCAAACGCAAAGACUAACGGCGUCGGCGUGCAGGUCGAAGAGACGCGCAUAUGUGUUGUGAUGGUAGGGCUGCCCGCGCGGGGCAAGAGUCUGAUCGCACAGAAAGUCGUUCGUUACCUUGGCUGGCUUAGCAUCACAGCCAAGUGCUUCAACGUCGGCAACUACAGGCGCACAGCAACCCCGCAACCUCACGCAUCCUUCUUCGACACUUCGAACAAGGAGGGCGAGCGGCUACGCAAGGCCGCUGCCGAGGCCGCAGUCGCCGACAUGGUGAGGUGGUUCAAGCAUCCCGAGAACCUCAUCGCGAUCCUGGACGCAACAAAUAGCACCAAAGCCCGUCGACGAUGGAUCAAAGAGCGAUGCGAUGCUGAGGGAAUCGAGACUUUGUUUGUAGAGAGCAAAUGCGACAAUGAGGACAUCAUCAUGAGCAAUAUCCUGGAGGUGAAGACGACAAGUCCGGACUACGAAGGGCAAGACCCAGAGGAGGCAGCGAAGGACUUUAGAGAGCGUAUCAAGAUGUACGAGCGUGUAUACGAGACGCUGGAUGAGGACGAGGCAGACAUGACAUAUUGCAAGAUCAUUGACGUGGGCUCGCAAGUCAUCAUCAACCGACUGCAGGAUUACUUGCAGUCAAGAGUGGUCUACUACUUGAUGAACCUCCACAUCAAGCCAAGAUCGAUCUGGAUCAGCAGGCACGGAGAGUCGAUGUACAACCUGGGAGGUCAAAUUGGUGGUGACGCAGAUCUGUCACCUCGUGGACAGAUGUACGCCGAGAAAUUGCCCGAACUUGUCAAGCAGUCCGCGGGUGACCGACCAUUGACCGUCUGGACAUCGACUUUAAAGCGAACCGCCCAAACGGCACGAUACCUGCCAUACGAAAAGCUCAGCUGGAAAGCGCUUGAUGAACUGGAUUCUGGAGUUUGUGACGGACUUACCUAUUCCGAGAUCGAGCAAAAGUUUCCCGAGGACUUCAAGGCGCGUGACGAGGACAAGUACAAUUAUCGUUAUCUCGGAGGCGAGAGUUAUCGAGACGUCGUGAUCCGCCUUGAGCCCAUCAUCAUGGAGCUGGAGCGCUCAGAGAACAUUCUGAUAAUCACACAUCAGGCCGUCCUUCGCUGCAUCUACGCUUACUUCAUGGGACUACCGCAGGACAAGUCGCCAUGGAUGGAAGUGCCCUUGCACACCUUGAUCAAGCUGACGCCCCGAGCGUACAAGACCGAAGAGGAACGCGUGUAUGCUAACAUUCCUGCGGUAAGCACGUGGCGCGAGAAGGGAAGCAAAGCCGUCCAUGCCGAGACCCCAGAGUCUCGUAGUCGACAAUCGCCAAUGAUCGAAGGACAGACGAAGGCAUAA